ACCAGAGAGGAAGACGGCGUGGAUUGAGAAGAAUGACAUGAAGUUUUCCUAAAGGCGAAUACAAUUGGAAUUACAACCAUUUUUGUACUAGUAUAUGGGUAGCUUAAAGACAACAGUCAAGUGAGGAGGACAACUCAGCCAUACUUAAAUGUGCUGCUAAAGCCUCCAUAUUUAAAACAAGAACUUUCUGUUUUUUAUGCUGUUUUUUAUGAUAUAAAAUCAAAUUUCCUCCAGAGAUUGACGAAAAGAUAGGGCGACUGAGACGGGGGAGGUGGCAGAAAAGUUUCCGUCAAGGAACUGAAGAUCUGCAAUGCCUCUGCCCAGCAUUAGCGGAAUGGAUACUCCCUUUGGGGAUGCCUUUCAAAACUGCUCUUUUACUGACCAGGUGCUGACCAGCACAGACCUGUUGGCUAACAGUUCUGACCCAGAUUUCAUGUAUGAACUGGAUCGGGACAUGACUUGUCGCCAGAGCCCUAGAGGAAAUAUUUUCACAGUCGGAGACGGCAAAGACUUGGACAGCAUGGAUCAUCUACCUGAACUGGUAGAUAACGACCCUGCUUACAGCUCAAACUUUGAGCAGUGGGACACGUACUGGGAGGACUUGACUAAGUACACUCGCCUCACCAGUUGUGAUAUCUGGGGCACCAAGGAAGUAGAUUUCUUGGGCCUUGAUGACUUUUCCAGCCCUUACCAGGAUGAGGAGGUGAUAGGACAGACACCGACCCUGGCCCAGCUCAACAGUGAGGACUCGCAGCCAGUUUGUGACACUCUUUACCAUCCGGACUUGCUGGUGGGUCAAAAGCAGCUUUUGUUUCCACCUCCCACCAUGGCCAAGAAGACUAUGAAACUCAGCCACUCUGCAACCAGCUCCUCAUCGAGUCACAACCCUCUGCCGGACUUUGCCGAGGGAUCCCAGAAAGCUACCUGGCCUGUUCCCUCCAGCACUGACAUAAUGGCCAAGGGCCAGUUUCAGGGCCCUAGCAAAGCCUCGACUGCACCUCUGGACAACAUGGAUUACGUUCGCAAAGCCAAGGUACGCAUCAGCGUACCACGCAAGCCUUUAGUAGAGAGCUCCGCCCAGAUUAGUGUUUCUGCCUCUCCUCUUAUCCAGGAGCACGAGUCGUCAGCUUCGCAGGUCAGCGAGGACCCAGCCGUCGACGCUUCUAACACAGCCUCUUCCAUUAGCUGUGAAAAGAGAGUGGAGACUCCUAAACGAGAGGUACCGACUGGUCCUGGUCCAGAAAUAGGGACCCUGAGGACGGUGCCACACAAAGUCCCCUUCGCUGCAGCUGCCGGCAGUGAAACUUUGCUCACCGUGAGUGCCCUUGGAUCCGACGCUUCUGCCGCUGACAAAAAGAAGGAGGAAGAGCACAACUACUCGUUAUUCUUGACCAGGGCCAGGCUGGCAGGGAAGGCAACUGCUGACAUGGAAGAAGAGGAAGAAGAGGAGGAGGAGGAGGAGGAAGAAGGUGAAGAAGAGGAAGAAGAGGAGGAGGCAGAGGGAUUGGAUCUAGAUGAUGAAGACCAUGAUGAAGGGUUUGGCAGUGAACAUGAGCUCUCAGAGAAUGAAGAGGAAGAGGAGGAGGAAGAUGAGGACUAUGAGGGCGACAAAGACGACUACGUUAGUGACGCAUUCUCAGAGCCAGGAUGUGACACUGAUAUGGCUGAUGAUGUCAAAGGCCUGACGGCUGGAAUUUCCAGGAAGAGGGGAAAGCGUCGAUACUUUUGGGAGUAUAGCGAGCAGCUCAUCCCAUCCAAACAGGAGCGCAUGCUGAAACCCUCCGAAUGGGACAGAGACACACUUCCCAGCAACAUGUUCCAAAAGAAUGGCCUGCACCAUGGAAAAUACACACUGAAGAAGUCGCGGCGGACGGAUGUGGAAGAUCUUACUCCAAACCCUCGGAAGCUGCUUCAGAUCGGCAAUGAACUCCGGAAACUCAAUAAAGUCAUUAGUGACCUGACUCCGGUUAGUGAGUUACCCCUAACCGCUCGGCCUCGGUCUCGAAAGGAGAAGAACAAGCUUGCAUCCAGGGCCUGCAGGCUGAAAAAGAAAGCUCAGUAUGAAGCCAACAAAGUCAAGUUAUGGGGCCUUGGAACUGAAUAUGAUUGUUUGCUGUUUGUGAUCAAUGCAAUCAAAGAAGAGAUAGUCAGCAGAGUUCAGGAUAUCUCACAUGACAAAGGAACAAGCAUGACCGAGAAGCUGGAUAAACUCAUUGAGGAUACCUUAGUGCAGCCACCAGUGGCCGGCCAGACUUCAGACUUUGUGAAUCAGAUCCUGGAGAACACUGGGAAAGGAGAUCCCACCGGAGGGCUGGUGGGAUUGCGUGUGCCCACAUCGAAGGUGUAGAGUCACGCCGAAAGACACCUCGGAGCACACACGAAGCCAUCUGCGCCAUUCUUGUCCCACACUGUAACGGCCCAACACUCUGCAUGCCCAUUUUCACUUGGAGACGCAUCCUCACAUUUAAAGUGAAUACAUGCAUACGAUACUACUUGUCCGUGCAUACGUAUGUAUAUAUUCACCUCAUGCGCACCAAUGGAAAUGAAACUAGUAGUUAACCUUUGCACUCAAUAGUCUGUUUCCUACCAUGUGUGCAUGUGGCUGGUAUCGAUCAACAGGCCGCCAUGUUGCAAAUAUUAAAAGCCAAUAUACGAGAUACUUCCAACAAAUGAGAAAAAGAGAGAGGAAAAAAGCUAAACAAUGAGCACCAGUUCUUGCUGUAGCCAUUUUCCUCUUGCAUCCAGCUAAAUCUGUCAAAUGCCCAUUAAGAGUUUUGGAAAGCAGAGGCGCACUCUGCAGAGAAACUACGAAGGCAUUAGAUCCUUUGAUUUAGCGGUCAAAAAGGUGUAAAUGCAGACUUUCUGAGUUUUUGAACAUGGCAUGUACGAUUUCACCCGAGUUAGGCCUACUUUAUGCACUUAUUAAUCUCUAAACUGAGGGUGUAAGUGUCCAGGGGGGAUUCCUGUUCCAAGCAUUUUUUUGAGGAUCAAUUGAGAUACACCAACUACAAAAAGGCAAACACGAAAGAACACAAAUACCGAUGUAUAGCGAAGUUACUGAUGUUCGGUGUAUAUAUGUAGAACGGGGAUGUUUCAGGAGAGUAGCAGGUGAGGAAACAGGCCUCAGAUGCCCUUUUCCACAGAUUUGCGAUCGUCUCAGGUUGGAAAGAGAGAGAGAGAGAGAGAGUGAGUGUGUGUGUGUGUGUGUGUGUGGG